UUUCAAAGAUUUUAUUUCUGGGGAGUUGAAAAUUGGUGUGAAUUGUGAGUUGCCAUUCGCGAGGACUGUAGAUAGAGUCCCAAUUUAAUGUCUAUUCUUCCUCCAGGCCCUUUGCAAUCUCAAUGUCAAGACCAGUCCAACAAUGCGAUAUCUUCGUGGGUUCAUCAAUGGUCAUCUCCUCCACCUUGGUGUGGGUCGAGGGCAAUUAGGAUUUCAAGGCCAAAGGGUGCUUGUAAACGCAGACAGGCAGUAAUAUCUCAAGCAGCUUCCGUAGAGGCGCUGCCCGCACUUGCAGAUGGGAGAGGCAGCACCGCCAUACAAGUCUUGCGAGGGGCCAGGGAUCGAGCCAACGAUAUGCAGGCCGAGGCCAAGGCUAUGGCCCGUGCCGCUAAUGCCUCCGUCUACACUCCCGAGCUUGUUUCCAACAAAUACCGCUCUCGCCCUAUCAAGGUAUUGCGGAGGACUCUGGAAAUUCUUAUUGGCGUUGGUUCAUUUGCCUUGAAACUUGUGCUGGACCAAAGCAACGGGCAGCUAGAUCAAAAUAAAAGAAUUCGGGCGGUUGAUCUGAGGAAGAUUUUCACGAAAUUGGGCCCAACUUUUGUGAAGAUAGGUCAGGGCUUGUCCACAAGGCCCGACCUUUGUCCACCUGAGUAUCUCGAGGAGCUCUCUCAAUUGCAGGAUGCUUUGCCGACAUUUCCUGAUGCAGAGGCAUUUUCAUGCAUUGAGAAGGAGUUGGGACUCCCACUUGACUCCAUUUUUUCGUCCAUAUCUCCAUCUCCAAUUGCUGCAGCCAGUUUAGGUCAAGUUUACAAAGCCCAACUAAAGUAUUCUGGACAGGUAGUCGCUGUAAAAGUACAAAGACCUGGCAUUGAAGAAGCUAUUGGACUUGAUUUUUACUUACUGAGAGGUCUAGGAUUUCUCAUAAAUAAGUAUGUUGACGUAAUCUCCAGUGAUGUCGUUGCUCUUAUUGAUGAAUUUGCACGCAGAGUUUAUCAAGAGCUCAACUAUGUCCAGGAAGGUCAGAAUGCAAGGCGGUUUAAGAAGUUGUAUGCUGACAAGCAAGAUGUUCUCGUCCCAGAUAUCUUUUGGGAUUACACCAGUGGCAAAGUAUUGACCAUGGAAUGGGUUGAUGGAGUCAAAUUGAAUGAGCAAGCUGCCAUUGAGAGACAAGGGCUGAAGGUCUUGGAUCUGGUGAACACAGGCAUACAGUGCAGCCUUAGACAGCUACUUGAGUAUGGAUACUUUCAUGCAGAUCCUCAUCCUGGUAAUCUCUUGGCAACACCUGAGGGAAAGCUUGCUUUUCUUGAUUUUGGAAUGAUGAGUGAGACACCUGAAGAAGCAAGAUUUGCAAUAAUUGGUCAUGUUGUUCACAUGGUUAAUCGGGAUUAUGAAGCUAUGGCUCGUGACUAUUAUGCCCUAGACUUUUUGUCACCUGAUGUGGAUGUUUCUCCAAUUGUACCAGCACUUCAGAACUUCUUUGAUGGUGCUCUUAAUUCAACAGUGAGCGAACUGAACUUUAAAACCAUAGUGGAUGGGCUGGGUGCUGUCUUAUAUCAAUAUCCAUUUAAUGUCCCGGCAUAUUAUGCAUUAAUAUUGAGGUCGCUUACUGUACUAGAAGGCUUAGCACUUUAUGCUGAUCCUAAUUUCAAGGUGCUGGCUGCAUCAUAUCCAUAUUUUGCUAAAAGACUACUCACGGAUCCCAAUCCAUAUCUCAGAGAUGCUCUUAUUGAAUUGCUUUUUAAGGAUGGGAGGUUCAGAUGGAAUAGACUUGAAAACCUACUUGUUCAGGGAAGAAAAGAUAGAGAUUUCUCUGCAAAAGAUGCUUUACAACCAGUUCUGAAAUUAUUACUGGCUCCAGAUGGUGAAGAGCUCAGAAUUUUAGUUAUUAAAGAGGCUGUCCGUGUUACUGAGGCUGUUAUUCUAGGCACAGUGAUUGAUACAUACAACUCUAUCCCCAAUCCUAUGAGGACUCUAAUUGUUAGUGGCAACACUGCUGGACCUCUUAUGAUGAGUGAUACUGAACAGGAAAACAUGAUAAAGCUUAGAGACCAAGUCUUUAGGAUAUGGAGACUUCUGCGAUCCUCAGAGAAUUUUGAUCCAGCCCUCUUGCAGCCCAUUUUACAGGUCCUUCAAGAACCUGACGCACGCAGUUUUGGGGGCCGCGUUAUUGGUGGGAUAACCCAACGGUUUGCAGCGCGACUAUUGCAGCAAGUUCUCCGAGCACCACCAACGGUUCCUGCUUCAACUUUAUAGCCUUUCAAAACAUUUUGGUGGGUAAGAUAAUGUAUACAUGUUGUAAAUUUGAAGUCACAGGAAUGCUUUUUGUAGCACGCUUACAUUCUUUGCUCUAUCAAUUGCAAUUAAAGAAAGAAUGUCACUUUGAAAAAAA